AUGGCAGAACAAUCGCUAUACCCUUCAAAGGGCAGAGUGUCUAAUAGAGAUCUGUUGGUUUUAGUUUUGUUCUUGUGCCGAACAAUCGUUUGUGACAGCCAAUGUCCAAAGUUUGCUGAAAAGCCUUUAGAGACGCGAGUUCACGAAGCUUCUAUUAUAUUUAGAGCAGUGGCAAUCCAAGCUCAUUUUCAGAGUAAAACUUUAGACUUGGCGCUAGUGUCAAUUUAUAGGGGCGGAAUCGAGCUAGCAUCUGUAAGUCAAUAUUCCGGCUCACCGUACAAUACUACAGAUAGACAGGUGAAUUUGAAAAUCAAUCCCCAAUUAGAAGGGUGCUUCAACUGGAGCAUGGCGCCGUCUCAGAGUGAGUUUGUUAUAUUUGCAAGGAUUAGCGAUCCAGCUGAAGAUUUGGAAACAACACCUGCUGACGGGCCAUGGCUAGAAGCUACAUCAGCCUCGGUACCAUGGAGUUUAGGAGUCGAUAUCGCCAUCUGGAAUGCUGUUGGUUGGGCGGGAUGGGGAGAGUGGGGACCUUGUAGUAAAACUUGUGGAGGGGGAAGACAAGACAGAAGGAGAUAUUGCUCUAAAACCACUUGCGAGGGUUACAGCGAACAAGGCCGUUCAUGUAACACAUUUGACUGUCAAGGAACAAUAAAUCCUCUAGCGCCGGAUGCUAGACAAAAUUUCCAUCCGACGCAAGCCCGUUGGGGGUCAGUUCCAGACCGACCACAUGCGUUUAGUUUAAAACCAAAUUCAUACAUCUGGAUUGCAUCAUCGGAGCUUUUUGCAGCUGGGAAGACAUUUCCGUCUGAGUUCACUUUAUUUGUAUCAUUGAGAUUAAGACCAGAGAGCGGUGGCUACGGCCAAGGCACAUUAUUUUCACUACGAGCCCGCCGCCGGUCUGGUUCCUUCCUGUCUUUAGAGCUUGCAGGACGAGGUUCCGCCAGAUUAGUUCAUGCUGGAGCUGGACUAUCGCGCUCCAUUUAUUUAGCAGUGCCACUUUAUGACUUUAGGUGGCAUCACAUCUCUAUAAGCGUUCAAGAUGACAACACGGUCCGUGUUUACGUAGAUUGUCGUUGGCUGAGAACAGAUGUCCUUGAAAAAGAUGCUUUAGAUACACCGAGGGAUGCCGAUCUUAUUAUAGGCUAUCUUUUCUCGGGUGAUCUGGAGCAAUUAGUACUGGUGCCAAAAGCGGGUCAAGCCCAUAAGCAGUGCUCAACCCAGGCUGAGGGAAUAUCUGCUGUAUCUGAAACAUAA